AUGAAGACGAAGCGCCUACUUCAGCGAGAGGCGAACCUGCAGGAACCUGUUCCGAGGGUUGGAUGUCCUUUUGUGUGCGUUGGAGUGUUACCGUUUGGCCCUGUGGCUCUGGCAGUGUACGAGCAGUGUAAUCAUCAGCUGGAGCUGCAGGCGGGCCAGAAAAUCUAUAUCAAUUCUCCCUACUAUCCUGGCCAAUAUCCUGCGGGCACUUCCUGUCGCUAUGCGGUGCAAGCGCCCAAGGAUCAGGUGCUACAAUUCAAAUGUGAUCUGCAGCUGCAAACGCUGGUGAAGGACACGCGCUGUCGCGCUGAGGUGUUUCACUUCAAUGCCGAGGGCGAUGAGCUGUUGACGAGCUCCGAAUACUUUUGUGGCGUUGGCAAGUUUGAGCGGCAAAGUUUUCUGAAUCGUGCCGUGAUUUCCUACAUAUCGCAGCCAAAGGAGGCGGCUACAGCUGUAGGACCCGCUAGCUUGGUGCCAAAGUUAAGGGAUAAGCUGCCAACGCGAAUCACAAGCCCCAACAGGACCAGCACCAGCACGAGCACCACGACAACGACAACACAGGCAACCCCUUUGGAGCUGGUUGAGGAUGAGAAGGAGGCGGGCGAGCAGCACGAAAAUGCUGAUGCUGAUGCUGAUGCCGAUGAUGAUGAUGAUGAUGAUGAUGGUAACUUUUCGAACGAGGUGCUGCACGUGCUGCAGGAUGUGGGCGUUAGCGAUGCUUUGGCUUACGUUGCCUCGCUGCUCUACGACGAGUCCAACAAUGGUCGUCGAAUUGGCAGCACGCCCGCUUCAACUAAGUUGGCCCAGUUGCCAAGGCGCACUGCAAAGACUUCCGCAGAACGUGCCAAAAUUCUGUCCAUUUAUCCGCUGGGCAGCCCGGGCGGUGGCCGCUUCUCGUGCCUCGUCGAAGCCCUAGCGCCUAAUUGCAAUUGCGGCUGGAGUCUGACACAAAGGAUCGCCAGUCCAACAAACGACGAGGCUGCGCUGCACGAGUUUCCCUCUAUGGCCGGCGUGCUGACCAAGAAACACGGCAAAGUGUUCUGCGGUGCUGCAAUCAUUCAUCGUCACUAUUUGCUCUCUGCUGCACACUGUUUCCUCAGUCCCGAGACGAGCCACGCCUCCCAGCUGCGCAUUGUGGUGGGCGAGCACGAUCUGUCGAGCAUCUACGAGACGUUUUAUACGCGUCGCUACGAUCUGGAUGCACUCAUACCUCACGAGCAGUUCAGCCAAGCAAAUGGUCAGCUGCGCAACGACAUCGCCCUCUUGCGCACCCGUACGCCCAUCCUGUUCAAUCGCAGUGUGGGACCUGCCUGCCUGCCCCUGCAGCCAGCCGAGAAUGGCAGGAAAUUGCCGCUGGUGGGGCAACAGCUGCUGGCUGCCGGCUGGGGCACCACUUCGUAUGGCGGGCCACAGACGCAUCGCCUGCUGAAGACGACGCUGGAUGUGAUCAGCGCCGAGCAGUGCCGCAACUCGCUCACCCAGGGAUCUGUGCCAGCUCACAGCUUCUGCACCUACACCCCAGGCAGGGACACGUGCCAAUAUGACUCCGGCGGAGCGCUGUACGAGCGCAGCAAUGGUCGCCUUAUGGCUGUCGGCAUAGUCAGCUACGGCUACGCCUGCGCCACUCAACAGCCAUCGGUAAAUACGCGCGUUGCCUCCUUUAUCAAGUGGAUCAGAACCAAGACGCCCGAAGUGGCUUAUUGCUUAAAGCAAACAUAA